AUGAAAUCAUUUUAUGAAGAAUUAUAUUCUAAUCCAUCUCCACCCACUGAUGAGCUCCCACAACCUUGGUCUUUCCCCCUUCUACCCCAGAUCCCGUCUACAUUUCUUGUUUCCCUAAAUGAACCCAUCACAUUAGAAGAAGUUCGCUCAGCUAUUACUCACUUGAAACCUAAUAAAGCUCCAGGCCCAGACGGCUUUUCUACUGAGUUUUAUAAACUCUUGAUUGAUAAAAUUGAUAGACACCUUCUGCUCAUGCACUACAUAAGGAAUGUGACCGUUACCCUGAUCAAUGGGAGUGACUUCUACUUUGAUGAUCACAGAGAAAUCCCUGCAGUCUAUGACAUUGUGAACUGGCAGCUGAAGGAAGGGGCCAUAAGACCAGUCAAGGUCGGCAGUUAUGACCCCGUCGCAUCUUCUGGCCAAGUUCUCAACAUCAACUCAAGUCAGCUACUGUGGUCUAUUGGGGAAAAAGAGACCCCCCGCUCAGUCUGCAGUGAGAGCUGUUCUCCAGGUUCCAAGAUGGAGUCUAUCAGAGGACAACCUGCGUGCUGCUUUGGAUGUGUCCCCUGUCUACAAGGAGAGAUAUCUAACCAGACAGAUGCUGUUCAUUGUCUGAAGUGUCCAUGGGAUCAGUGGCCAAAUGUCCAGAAGACUGAAUGUCUACAGAAGCCUAUGGAGUACCUGGACUAUGAAGAACCAUUAGGAGCAGCGUUGGCAGCGACAAGCAUACUGUCCUCCUUCAUUCCACUUUUUAUUUUAAUUAUUUUAAUCUACUCUAGGGACACACCUGUAGUGAAAGCUAACAAUUAUUCUCUAAGCUGUCUUCUCCUGGUGUCCCUGUCUUUGUGCUUCCUCUGCUCUUUAGGUUUCAUCGGGUAUCCCCAACGUGAGAAUUGUCUCCUACGCCAAGCUGCUUUUGGCCUGGUUUUUGCCCUUUGUAUCUCUUGUAUUUUGGCAAAAACUAUCAUGGUGGUCUUUGCUUUCAUGGCCACCAGACCAGGCAGCAGGCUGAGGAGAUGGACCACACCUCAAGUGUCCUACAUGAUCAUUUCUACAUGUUUUCUGUUACAGCUCCUCUUGUGUGUCACUUGGCUGUCACUCGCCCCUUCAUCCCCAAAGUACAACACACACACCAAACCUGGACUCAUCAUUGUUGAGUGUAACGAGGGCUCCCCCAUUGCUUUCUGGACCAUGCUGGGUUAUCUGUUCCUUCUGGCCACCAUUAGUUUCAUUGUAGCCUUCCUGGCUCGGAGACUCCCUGGCAGCUUCAAUGAGGCCCAGUUUAUUACCUUCAGCAUGCUGGCCUUCCUCAGUGUCUGGGUGUCCUUUAUCCCGGCCUCCCUCAGUUCUCAGGGAAAACACACAGUGGCCAUGGAAAUAUUUGCCAUCUUGGCUUCCAGUUGGGCUCUGGUGAUCUGUAUGUUCCUGCCUAAAUGUUUCAUCAUAGUGUUCAGGCCAGACAUGAACUCCCGGGAACAUCUCAUGAGAAGAGACAAAGAUUAG